AGCCCGGCGGCCAAGAAGGUAGAAGGUGGCUAUCGUUUCCAAAACACAGAUUUUCUGCAAGUCAGAUCUAUUCGAAGACUUCAUUCCAAGAUGUUUAUGACACGGAGUGAGUACGAUAGGGGUGUGAAUACAUUCUCUCCCGAGGGCCGACUCUUCCAAGUCGAGUAUGCCAUCGAAGCGAUCAAGCUCGGAUCUACAGCGAUCGGAAUCCAGACAUCGGAGGGCUGUGUUCUGGCUGUGGAGAAACGAGUGACAUCGCCGCUGAUGGAGAGCACUACCAUCGAAAAAAUUGUCGAAAUCGAUAAGUUCAUCGGUUGCGCGGUGUCAGGAUUGAUGGCAGAUUCUAGAACCAUGAUAGACAAAGCCAGAGUUGAAGCCCAGAACCAUUGGUUCAACUACGAUGAGAGCAUGCGCGUCGAGUCGUGUGCUCAAGCUGUCUCGAACCUUGCGAUCAAAUUCGGUGACAACGAUGACGAUGGUACAGCCAUGUCGAGACCGUUCGGAGUCGCGAUUCUAUUCGCGGGCAUAGACGAGAAGAAAGGCCCUCAACUGUUUCACAUGGACCCCUCAGGAACAUACGUCGAAUUCUUGGCCAAAGCCAUCGGUUCAGGAUGUGAAGGAGCCCAGCAGGCCCUGCAAGAAAAGUAUCACAAAUCGAUGACGCUCAAGGAAGCCUUGAAAGAGAUUCUUGUUAUCCUCAAGCAGGUCAUGGAGGAGAAGCUCGGUGUUGAUAAUGUGGAAGUUGCCACAAUCACAAAAGAAGCCGGUUUCCACAUGUUCACAAAAGAUCAAGUUAGGGAAGUCAUCCAAGAUAUUUAAGUGAUUUUCAAGAAAAGGCUCGCUCGGGGCAGAACAGCAUCGACCAUUUUUAAUGAACGGUGUGAGCCAUAUUGAAAUAAAAAACACAUCCAUUCGAA